AAUAGCGAUGACGGAAGCAAGAAUUUAGUCGGACGAGUGAUGCCGAUUCCGGACGAGCCAGAAAGGAAAGGCACCCCCGUGGAAUCAAAUAAAUCCGGCUUAGAGUUGCCAAGCUAGCAAACCCGGAAGUCCAAACUCACCAAAGCGACCUUGUUCUCUGCCGUCAUUGCUGGCGACAGUACCCUGGCACGAUCGACACUCCGGCAAGGUGUCGAUAUUGAGUCGAAAGAUUUCAAAGGAAGCCGAUCCCUUCACAAAGCUGCCAUGAAAAAUCGCUACGACGUUGUAGAGAUGCUUCUGAAUCAGGGAGCAGAGCCAAAUGCCCAAGAUAUCAACGGAGGAACAGCUCUGCACAGAACUAUCUGGGAGGGCGACAACCACAUGAUCGUCUGUGUACUCUGCGACAAAGGAGCCAACGUCAACGGGACAGAUACUGAGGGCAGGGCCCCUUUAUUUGUGGCAGCCUUGCAAGGUAAUACUCGCUGUGUCAAGGCUCUGUUGGAUCGAGGUGCCGAUGUUCAUCUGUUCAAAAAAGACCCAAAAUGGAGCAAAUGUGCGAUACACAUUGCCGCCCGGAAAGGACACGACGAGAUAAUCCGUUUGCUUGUGAAGGCCGGAGCUGAUGUCGAAGUUCCCGACCCCAUUGAAGGAUGGACUCCACUACACGAGGCAUCAUAUGGAGGCACCCCGAAACGUGCAAGACUGUGA